AUGGCCUCUUUGAACGCCCCGCGCCCGACCCUCGAGUCCCGUGGCUCUUACUGGGAGCGCCCAGGCGCGCAAGCUCGACACGACACCAACAACCACUUCAUCGGCAUUGACGUCGGUACCGGCUCUGCCCGUGCUUGCAUUAUUGACGAGACGGGCGACAUCAAGUCGCUGGCCUCUGAGACCAUCAAGCUGUGGCAGCCCCAGACAGGCUACUACGAACAAUCAACCACUGACAUCUGGAACUGCAUCUGCAUCUGUGUCAAGCGCGUUGUUGAGGAGUCCGGCGUCGACGUCUCCAAGAUCAAGGGCAUUGGGUUCGACGCCACUUGCUCGCUGGCCGUCUUCAGUCACGACACGGACGAACCCAUUGCCGUCACCGGUCCUUCCUUUGACAAUGCCGACGGAGCCGAUCGCAACGUCGUCUUGUGGCUGGACCACCGCCCCGUAGAGGAGACCGAAAAGAUCAAUGCCACUGAUCAUAACCUACUCAAGUACGUCGGCGGUCGCAUGAGCAUUGAGAUGGAAAUGCCCAAGAUCCUGUGGCUCAAGAACAACAUGCCGAAGGAGCUGUUUGACCGCUGCAAGUUCUACGACUUGACUGAUGCCCUGACCCAUCUCGCCACUGGCAACGAGACGAGGAGCUACUGCAGCACGGUCUGCAAGCAGGGAUUCGUGCCUAUCGGUGUUGACGGUAGCGAGAAGGGCUGGCAGGAGGAUUUCCUGAACACUAUCGGGCUCGGUGACUUGACCAAGAACAACUUCGAGCGCCUUGGAGGUGCUGACGGAGAGAAUGGCAAGUAUCUGAGCGCUGGUGAGCUGGUCGGAUAUCUCAGCAAGAAGGCCGCCGAACAACUCGGCCUUCCUGAGGGCAUCGCUAUCGGUAGCGGUGUCAUUGACGCAUACGCCGGCUGGAUCGGCACUGUUGGUGCAAAGAUUGACCCCGAAGUCUCAUCCGACCACCUCGACGAGGACCAGAAGCCCAACCAUAUUUCCCAGGCCUUCAGCCGUUUGGCUGCCGUCGCCGGUACGUCGACCUGCCACAUUGCCAUGUCCAAGGACGCCGUCUUCGUUCCUGGCGUGUGGGGCCCGUAUCGCGACGUGUUGAUCCCAGGACACUGGCUCGCUGAGGGUGGCCAGUCGGCCACGGGCGAACUGCUGCGUCACGUCGUCGACAUCCACCCCGCCUACGGCGAGACAAACGCGCUGGCGCAAGCCGAGAGCAAGAACAUUUACGAGUACCUCAACUCGCACCUCGCCCAAAUGGUCGAGAAGCAGGGCGCGCCAACCAUUUCAUACCUCGGCCGCCACUUCUUUCUGUACGGCGACCUCUGGGGCAACCGCUCGCCCGUCGCAGACGCCAACAUGAAGGGUGCCGUCAUUGGUCUGUCGAGCGACAAGAGCACCGACAACCUCGCGCUGUGGUACUAUGGUGUGAUGGAGUUUAUCGCGAUGCAGACGCGCCAAAUCAUCGAGGAGAUGAACAAGGCCGGCCACGUCAUCUCGUCCAUCUUCAUGAGCGGUUCGCAGUGCCAGAACCCCGUGCUCAUGGACCUGCUGGCGACUACAUGUGACAUGCCCGUGUUGAUCCCUCGCUACGUCAACGCAGCCGUGGUGCACGGCGCUGCCAUGCUCGGUGCCAAGGCAGGCAGUGCCGACGAGGAGGGCCGCACCGAGGGCCUCUGGAGCAUUAUGGACCGCAUGAGCAAACCCGGUCGUUUGGUGAAGCCGGGCAAGAACAAGAACGAGAAGACUCUGUUGGAUGCCAAGUAUGGUGUCUUCCUUGAGCAGUGCCGCACGCAGCAGGAGUACCGCAAGAAGGUGGAUGAGGCUCUGUCUUCGUGGCCUGAGGCGCAGAAGGCCUGA